CUCGAUACAAUCUUGCAGCGGGUGAGUUUGAACUUUCACCGCCAGUAUCAAUUAUAAAACUAACGAGACAUGUAGGUUCCUGAGAACUACCUCCGGGCCAUCUUUGGCAGCUACCUCGCAAGUCGGUUUGUAUACGAGUAUGGCAGCAACCCUAGCCAGUUCUCCUUCUUUGACUUCAUGACCAGGCGACUUUCCAAGGCCAUGGCGUAACAUGCUUUAGAAAGGCGGCGUGAUGUUCCACGUUAUGAUAUUGCAUCUUCCGGGUUUAUACAUGACUGCACAUAAGCAGUGCUACAAAAAUUAAUCAUGGCAAUCAUGUCCAUCGCAUGUACGGGAUACAAAAAAAAAAGAGUCACGAGUAAUGAAGACUUAAUACAUCUCCAUCCUGAGGGUUCGUUCUGCUUCAAACAUAGAUUUAAAGAUCGUUUAUAUAUUCAUACACAUACCAUCAAGAGCGCGUUCAGGAGACCCCUUCCUCUCCCCUCUGUCUAAUUGGUUUCUUUGCCAGAAUGGCUUGGUUAAGGUGAUCUGUUCCAGGGCCGUUAUCUCUUAGGAUUUGAGAAGCGUAAGGGUUGUGGCCCGAUAUAGUCAUGAUAAUAUACUAGUCUUAGU